UUCGCCACCUCAACAGACGCAUCAAACACACCUGGAAAAGCGUCGCAGCAGAUCAUUAGAAGCCACGCGUUGAUAAGCUUUGAUCAGUGUACCAAACGCCACCGCCUCCUCGCAAGCCUUGACUACAUAUAUAUAUAACAGACAAACCCCUCUCUCGCUACUUUCAAACCCAAAAGGCCUUUCACCUGUCGAUAGAUAUCUGGCUACAGUUUCAGACAGAAAUGCCGAUGGAAUCCGGAGAGAAGAGGCAACCCACCGGAGCAAACAACUCCACCAUGGCGGCGUCUCUACUGCAGCCACCGAAGAUGACGGAGCCACUGCCGUGCCCGCGGUGUGCUUCAACUAGUACCAAGUUCUGUUACUACAACAACUACAACCUCUCGCAGCCGCGCCACUUUUGCAAGUCUUGCCGUCGCUACUGGACUCAGGGUGGGACCCUCCGUAAUGUACCAGUUGGUGGUGGGGCCCGCAAGAAUUCCAAGCGCAGCCGCUCCUCACCUAAGUCCGUCCCCUUCUCUACUUCUUCUACGGUGAGUGUUGAUUCCGAACAAGCUGAGUCUGUAUGCAUGUCGAUGCCUGCUCCCUCGAUUGGGUCAGAAAUUAAGCCCGACACGGUCUCUCACUACACGAAUCUGAAUGUGAAUGAAAAUGCCAACUUCACAUCGUUGCUUAACGCGCAGGGAGCCGGGUUGUUUGGCGGAUACGGGUCAGGUUAUUUGACCGGGCAUGAGGAGAUGGGGUAUGGGCUGAACAGAGGUGGGGUUUGGCCAAUUCAUGGAAUGGGUUAUGUCGGCGGCGGCGCAGGUCCUGCUGCAGGGGCUACUGGGUGCAACACGUGGCCUCUGAGCGAUGUUGGUGGAGGAUUGACAGAUGGGGACUUCCUUGGUUGGCCGGGUCUUACCAUUUCCAUGCAGGGUAAAGGUUCCAAGUGAAGGGUUUGGAAGAAGAAGAGGAUAGACGUUUCUUUGACGUUUUGGCUCUGAUUUUGUGUCGUUUUGUUUUGGGUUUUUGGUGGUUCUCUGUUUUGGGGUCGGUGUUCUUGGAAGGUAAUUGGGUAUAAGACUAUAGAGAGAUUUAGAUGCUAAAUAUACAACAGAAAUGAUUGGGUAGUCGUAGUUUCUGUCUCUUAGGUUUUUGGUUGUUAAUGGCUGCUCUGUAAAUGUUUUGUGCUCUGUUUAGACGAAAAUCUUUUGCAAGAAAAUGAACUGUUACUAAUUAGUUUUUGCCAUUG